AUGGCGGCGGCGGCUAAACCUACCGGCGGCGGCGGCGAGUCAGCAGGCGGCGGAGGGACUGGAGGCGAUGGCGAUGGGUUCUCGGAGGUGGACAACUGGUUCGGCAGCAGUAGCUUGCCGACGCAGCGGGCUCCUUCACCGGAGCGAUCCCCUUCGCCCCCCUCGCCGCCGGAGUGGGACAUAGAGCGUCGUGCGGCGGCGGCCCUAGCACGCAAGAUCAGGGCUUCAGGCGUGGGAGAAGGCCAUCAGUGGGCUUCAGGGUUCGGCGGCGUGUGUUUGGAUGAUGAGAUAUGGGAAAUAAGGUACCAUUUUCAAGGGAGAGACAACUUGGAGAGGACCAUUUCUCUGUCAGAAAUUACUUAUAUUAACAUGUUAGCACUGCUAGAGACUGAAGAGGGAUAUACUGAAGCUGACUACAUGUUCUAUAUGAAAGAAGAAGGAAAGGGGGCAGUAGGAAUGCAGGUUAUUGACAGUGAAGAUAGUGUGGAAGAGAUGCUAGACUAUUAUGCUGAGCAGAAGGUGCUCAACAUAACUGUAAUUAAGGCUAAUGAGCCUAAUCCAGGAGAGUUUAACAGGUCAAAUAUUGUGGAGGAACAAGUGCCUAUAAGUAAUGUGGGGGAUUCCAACAUUAUUUCUAUAGAUGAGGCAGGAGUAUUGUUCCCUAUUGCUGUUGAAGACACAGUUGAAGAGCUCUAUGCUGUGCCUAUUGCUGUUGUAGAGCCAGGUGAAGAGUCUGCAUAUAUUAACACACAACAGAGCAUGAAUUUGAAGAAAGCAAAGGGCAAAGAGAAAUUACAGGAAGAUGUUGGCCCCUCUGAUGAUGAAGUGUUUGUUGAUUUGAACUGCUGUGAGGACUGCUGUGAGGAGGAAGAUGAAAUCAUUGAGAAAGAAGAUGAAAUCAUUGAGGAGGAAGAGCAUGACAUAGGUAAUGAGGAGGAAGAUGAAAUCAUUGAGAAGCUGAAGCAGAAAAGGAAACAGAGAGAGGAUCCUAUGCAUCACUUUGAAGGAGACACAGAAGUGGAAGAGAUGUGUCCAGAGGCAGAGGACUCAGACACAGAACCUGAGACACCUCUUCCUCAAACAUUCAAGAAAGUAGGCAAAGCAGGCCCCACUACAAGAUCACACCAUGAAGCUGACAUUGAGGUAAUUCCUGAUUUCAUUCCAUCUGAUGAUUCUGCUUGUUUCCCUGGGGACUAUGACAUUAGUGAUUCAGAUGAUGAGUCAGGUCUACCACUGCCCUGUGGAAAGAAGAGUCAAGCCAAGAGGGCCAGGACUAGGAUCUGGUAUGAUGAGACCAAGCCAGAUGCUCAUGACCAACUUUGCUUGAGUAUGUGCUUCACUGAUGUGUAUCAGUUUAGAAGAGCACUUAGGAAUUUUCAUAUCAGAAUCCUUAGAAAUUUCCAGUACCAUAGGAACUGCAAGGAUAGGAUCAUUGUGCAUUGCAAAGAAAGGGACAAUGGGUGUCCUUUUUUCAUGACUGCAUCCACAAUUGCUCAUGAGAAGACAUUCUGCAUCAAGAAGAUGAAGUUGUUGCACACUUGUGGUGCACAUGGAGAAAAAACCAAAGUGACAGUUGACUGGAUGGCCAGAACAUGUGAGCAGCAACUAAGAGAUAAUCCAAGGGCUAGUGUUGAUGCAAUUUUAAAAAGAACAAAGACUAAGUAUGGGCUGGAAGUGCCAAAGACCAAGGCCUACAGGGCAAGGUCAUUGGCCAUUGAAGUGGUGGAAGGUGACAUGAAGGGACAAUACACAAGGUUUAGGGAUUAUCUUCAAGCUGUGCUUGAUACCAACCCUGGGAGCAGAUGCAUUGUGACUACCAGAGAGCUUGAGCUCCAUCCUAGCCCAAAUCCUAGGUUCCACUACAUGUUCUACUGUCUGAAUGCUUCAAAAGAAGGUUUCUUGAAUGGGUGUAGGCCCUUUAUAGGUUUAGAUGGUUGCUUUAUCAAGCUUUCUACUGGGCAACAGAUACUUGCUGCCACUGGUAGGGAUGGGAAUAACAACAUAUUCCCUAUUGCAAUUGGUAUUGUUGAUAAGGAGGACAAGGAAAGUUGGACUUGGUUUCUUAGCCAAUUAAGAGCUUGCAUUGGAGAGGGGAACAAGUGGGGCACAUACACAAUCAUCUCUGAUAGACAGAAGGUAUAUUUUUCAUUUCACAAUUGA